AUGCAAGUCACACCUAUUGUUGAAGGUGUGCUUCCUUGUGGUUUUUGUUGCUUGUUUAUUUGGUUUCUACGUACUUAUGUACCUUCCUGGCUGGCUAGAAGAAGUAAGAAAUCAUUAUGAUAGCCCCUCUAACACCAACAACAAAACACCAGGGGCAUUCAGUUCCACCAAUUAUAACAACAACCACCAUGAAGAUGAAGAUGAAGCAGUUGAUUCCAGUCUAAAUUAUGGUGUUGUCAUUGAUUGUGGGAGUAGUGGCAGUAGGUUAUUUGUUUAUUACUGGCAACAGCACACUGGCGAACCAAACCAGUUGCUGGAUAUAAAAAUACUAAAAGAUACCAACAACAAAACAGUUGUAUCAAAAAUUGAACCUGGGUUAUCUUCUUAUUCAAAAACUCCUUCACAAGCCAGUGAUUACAUAGCUCCUUUAUUGAAAUUUGCUCAGGAUCAUAUUCCAGUUGAAAAGAUAAAAGAAACACCUCUCUACAUUCUUGCCACAGCUGGAAUGAGACUUUUACCUAAAGAAGAACAAACUGCCCUCUUAAAUGAUCUAAGAACCGAUAUUGGUUUGGACUUUGACUUUUUGUUUUCUCCAGCCCACAUAGAAGUUAUAUCAGGUAAAUGGGAAGGCAUCUAUGGGUGGACUGCUGUCAACCAUGUUUUUGGAAAAUUCAACCAUAAAUUAAGUGAUGACUCGUUGGUGGCUGUCGAUGUGGGCAACAAGGUGCACAUCAGGAAAAGGACAGUGGGCAUGCUUGAUCUGGGAGGGGCAUCUUUACAAAUGACUUUUGAAAUCCCACAAACACAUUCCUACAUUGACUCUAAGAUCAAAGAACACGUUGUUGAAUUCAAUCUUGGAUGUACUUCUUCAGAUUCAAGUCACAUUUACAAGAUUUACUCGAGAACUUUUCUUGGUUAUGGUAGCAAUGAAGGGAGACAGAGGUACAGUCAGUGGCUAGUCAAUCACUUCAAGAACAACGUGUCAGUCAAUUUUGUUUCUACAUGUUGCUGUAUCUUCAUCAGAUAG